AUGGCCGCAAUGCGGCGAAACGCGCAGGAGAAGUGGAAAGGGAAAAAGGGGAGAAGCCAAAAGGAAAGGAAGCGGAGGGAGGGGGGCGCGAGGGGAAGCGGGGGGCGCCGAGUACCAAUGGGGAAAAGGGGAAAGCAAAGUUCACGGGCAAGGAGAGACCGCACGGGCGCGAAACCAAGGCAAAGGAAGGGAAGCCCCCGAGGUGAAGCAAGGGGAAAGGGGAGCCAGGGCGGAAGCAAGGGAAGGGGAGCAAGGGGCAGAGAAGAGAGAAGGAAAGGGGAGCCAGGGAGCAGAAAGGGCGGAGAAGGGAAAGGCGGACAGCCAAGGGAGGGGGAGCAAGGGAAAAAGGGGGAGCCAGGGGCAAAGAAGGGCGAAAGGGAAAGAUGGGAGCAGGGAGGGGGGAGGAGGACCAAGGGAGGGGGAGGAGGAGCCAGGGGCAGAGAAGGGAGAAGGGAAAGGGGGAGCCAGGGGAGGGGGUAG